GUCCAAGGGGCAGCGCCCCUGGCGGGGUCGAGGGAGGCCGCCCUCGCGGAGUUCGGGGCAGCGCCCCGGACCAAAAUUUUAUUUUAUUAAAGAAAUAAAUAUGGAAAUUUAUUUUCGGAUAAACAUGUCCAUAUUAAUUAUUUAAUAGAAUGACUUUCUGUUAGAGUAAAACUCUAACCGAUUGGCCUUAUCUCUUGGGUAAUCAGAAGAAUUCGAGUUCUACUAAAACUGCUAGUUCGUGGUCUAUAUAUUGGUGCCUCAGUUUUAGACUGUCUCUUAGAGUGAUUAUCCCCAUAAUCUAAAUUUCGUGUAACCCAGGCAUAGGGUCGAAAUAUUAGAUUCGGAAAGUGAUCACACGAUACUCUGAGAAAUCCGCCAGAUUUUCUAAAACAGUUUCCCAACUCCCCAGUUCUAACAAUCGAAUCUAAUAUUUUUUCUUGUUUCGGAAAAUCAUGGCUGAAUCUGUAAAAGAGAUGACUUCCAAAUUCGACAAGUUGGAGAAAUUCCAAGGAGUUGAUUUCCGUCGCUGGCAAAAGAAGAUGCACUUUCUGUUGACCACACUGAAGGUGGUUUACGUUCUGAGUACGCCUAUGCCAGCGUAUCACGAAGAUGAAACUAUUGAGCAGUCAAGGCGUCGUUCCAAGUGGGAAAACGAUGACUACAUCUGCAGGGGCCAUAUUCUAAACGGUAUGUCUGAUACUUUAUUUGAUAUUUACCAAAACGUGGAGAGUGCGAAGGAAUUGUGGAAUUCACUUGAGUCCAAGUAUAUGGCUGAGGAUGCUUCUAGUAAGAAGUUCCUUGUUAGUGAUUUUUAUCACUAUAAGAUGAUGGACUCAAGGCCUGUUAUGGAACAAUACAAUGAAAUUCUUCGCAUUCUGGGCCAACUCACUCAAC